AUCAAAAUAAUAGGAAGGAGAGGUAGAAAAAUAUAUAUCAUGCAGACCACAUCUGCUGCCAUAUCAGUUCGGCGUGAUGGACGGUCCAGCUUGCAAGAUUUCGGCCUCUCCUCGCGUCCCUCCGUAUGCUGAGCGGCGCAGAGGGAAACCCGCGCCAAAGCUGUGUUCCCCUUGCUCGCGUCUCUGCCAUUGAUAGCAUUCCCCCCGAACGAGACCACCUAUUCUUGACGCAGAGGAUAGGAUUUAGCAGAUGUUCUGGGUGGUGGAUAAGUAAUAAGAAGGCGAGGGACUCGGUUCUUCGCAGCAGAAGAGAAGGAAGAGCAGAGGAUUCCAAGCAGCGAUCCCGACUGGUCACUCUGCCUUCUAAUCUUCCUGCAGCAGAGAUCAAAUGGAGGAGCUCGGUGGCGGCGGCAAUGGCUCACCUCCGAGGGUGUCCGCAGGGAAACCCCCGAGGCAUGGAGGAACGGUGCAUUCCGCCCGCGACAGGCACUCGGCCAUGUCGGUUCCCGCCUUCGCCUCUGCUCAAGAUCUGCGGUGCCUCGACCUGGAGAAGGAGGCCGUCGAGGUCCUCGCGGAAUGCUCGCCCCGGGGUGUCCUCGACGACGGUCUGAGGUGUUUGGACUCGGAAACGACCUCCAAGGCCAGCACUUCCUACACGGAGACCCAAAUGAUUCGAAGCAGCUUCGCGCUGUGGCACGGCUUCUUUCGGCUGUGGAAGCACAAGUCCAUGAGGCGCCUCUCGAGCUUCCCCCCCAUCGGGUUCCGGAAGCGGUCGAGGAGGAGGAGGAGCAACAGGGACUCUCGUGUCCCCAUGCCGGACUCCACCUCGGCUGCCGAUAACGAGUCCUCCUCCUUUAAGCCCACUUGGAGGAACUUCACCAUUUCGGAGCUUGAAAAGGCCACCAACAAUUUCAACUCUGAGAACAUGAUAGGGAAGGGUGGCUCUGCCGAGAUCUACAGAGGAUGUCUGGAAAAUGGCCAGCUUGUAGCAGUCAAAAAGAUCACCAGAGGAACAACAGAAGAAAAAACUCACAAUUUCCUCUCCGAGAUGGGAGUUCUUGUCCAUGUAGACCACCCAAACACUGCCAGAUUGAUCGGAGUCGGAGUCGAAGGAGGCAUGCACCUUGUUCUUGUCCUCUCACCUCAUGGAAGCUUAGCAAACCUUCUUCACGAUUCGAAAGACAAACUUGCGUGGGGAAUACGAUACAAGGUCGCCGUAGGGACAGCCAACGGACUCGAGUACCUCCACGAGAGGUGCCACAAGCGCAUCAUUCAUCGAGAUAUCAAGGCUGCGAAUAUACUGCUCACCGAGGACUUCGAGCCACAGAUAUGUGAUUUCGGCCUCGCGAAGUGGCUGCCUGACGAAGUGACGCAUCACACAUUGCCAAGCUUCGAAGGCACAUUUGGAUACCUUGCUCCCGAAUACUGCAUGCACGGCGUGGUCGAUGAGAAGACCGAUGUGUUUGCUUUCGGAAUCCUGCUGCUUGAGCUCAUCAGCGGACGCAGGGCAGUGAACUCUUCGCAGCAAAGCUUGCUGAUGUGGGCGAAGCCAUUGCUCGAGCAGAACCGCAUCAGGGACCUCGUCGAUCCGUCUCUCGGUGACUCUUACGACUCCAAGCAGAUGGAUCGAGCAGCAAAGACGGCGUACAUAUGCAUUCAGCACUCAUCAGUUCUGCGACCUCGCAUGAGUGAGGUUCUAAAGCUAUUGAGUGGAGGAGACGAAGGCCGAGCUGAGAACGGAAGAGCGCUUCACAGGUCGUUCUUGAGGAGGACAUACUCCGAGGAGAUCUUCGAUGCAGAAGAGUAUAAUGCGACGAGAUACCUGAGCGACAUUACUCGGCACAAGCAGAUUGCUUUCGAUUUCUAGGGGGAGGAGGACACCUGCCCCUGUGCAGGGCCUGAGGCCAUGUUCAUCCAUGUCGAUUGCAUGCUGGGCUUGAGCAACUGUGUAUAUAUAAGAGCACUUAUCGAAGGUUAAAAGUAGGAUGGCAAA